AUGUCGUUCGGCGGUCGCGACAGCCUCUCCGACUAUGAAUUCACCUUCGAGGCUUACCUAGACCAUUCAGCCCGGAUCGAGGCCGAUCCUGAUCUAUUGAGCAAUGAGGAACUUAUAUACGACUAUCACCGUGAAAAUGGACGGACAUAUCAUACGUAUCGUUCUGGUUCGUUCUACGUGCCGAACGACGAGCUCGAGACAGAUCGCAUGGACAACCAAUAUGAAAUACUCAAGAUUCUUUUAGACGGGAGACAUUAUUUAGCGCCCUUAUCGCGCGAGAACCCACCUCGCAAGAUUCUUGACGUUGCAACUGGAACGGGGCGGUGGGCAAUUGAGAUGGCGGAUGAGUUUCCGGAAGCGCAAAUAAUAGGGACGGAUCUCUCGCCCAUACAACCUCAGAUGGUACCACCAAACCUUCGCUUCUACAUUGAUGACGGAAAUGAGGAAUGGCAGACGGGCAAGGAUUGGUUCGAUAUUGAUUUUAUCCAUUUCCGAGUCACCGUUGCGGCGUGGUCGGACUGGCGCUCUAUGAUUCGUAUGUCUUUCGAGCGUCUGAGGCCUGGUGGUUGGCUCGAAAUUCAGGAACCGAAAUGCGACAUCGACUGUGACGUUGGCGAGAUCCCCCCAGACAAUCCGGUGAAGCGGUGGUUCACCGAACUGCAAAAGGCAAGCAUUAUCGCUGGCCGACCUAUCCACGAGAUUCCCGAGUUAAAACGCAUGCUUCUCGAAGCGGGGUUUGUCGACGUCCAUGAAAAGGUCUACAAGAUCCCGCUGAACGGAUGGCCACGCAGUCGGAGGCUGAAGAGGAUUGGCGAGCUAUGGCACCACUGCAUGGAGGACGGGCUAUCUGGGUUCAGUUAUGCAUUUUUCCAUCGGUGUCUGGGUAUGACGAAGGAUGAGAUUGAGAUCUCGCUCGUCGACGUGAGAAGAGGUUUAGGGGACCAGCGCCUACACGCCUACGAAAAGUUUUAUGUCGUCUGGGGUCGGAAACCAGUCGAUGCACCAGAGCCAAGAGACCACCCGAUGUCCUAA